AGUUCGCUGACACAACGAUGAGAGGACAGAAGGAUUAGACCGAGUUCAGGAACUGGAAGCUCAUCAUUAUUAUUUUUUUAUUCCACAGCAUUGAGCCGUUUUUGUUAGGGCGUUGUACUAAAUGUUACACAAAAUAAAAAAAUAAUUAAAUUCAAAAAGUCCUUUAUUGGUCCCAAAGGGAAUUUCAAAAGUAAUUUUGGUUUGAAUUCAGAGUAGUGGUCGGCGAACACACAAAAUGAAAUAUGAACUAUGUGUAUUUCAUGAUCUCUAUGCCUUUGAGUUGUUUUAUCAGAUCAUUAGAUCAUGUUUUUGUCCUGCUCUUUCUAUCCAGAACACUCACAAGAUGACGUCCAAUCGAGUGUCUCAGUCCAGUCACAGGAAGCGGCACUCUCAGGCCGAGCAGCAGGGCUCAGCGGUCACCUCCGUUCGACCGGAGACGUCCACCGCCAAAACCCUGACGGACAUCGGCACCCGGCGCAUCUUCAACGAGGACCACGACAUCUUCAGGCAAAGCGUCCGCCGCUUCUUCCAAGAGGAAGUGGUGCCGCACCACAAGGAGUGGGAAAAGGCAGGCGAGGUGAGCAGGGAGUUGUGGGAGAAGGCCGGAGAGCAAGGCCUGCUGGGAGUGAUGAUCCCGGAGGAGCACGGCGGCAUCGGAGGGGACACGUUUUCUGCUGCCAUCACCUGGGAGGAGCAAAUGUACUGUAACUGUACCGGCCCGGGUUUCGCUCUGCACUCGGACAUCGUCAUGCCGUACAUUGUAAACUACGGCAGCAAGGAACAGAUCGAGCGCUUCAUUCCCUCCAUGACUGCUGGCAAACACAUCGGCGCUAUCGCCAUGACAGAGCCGGGCGCAGGCAGCGACCUCCAGGGAGUACGGACGUACGCCAAGAAGGACGGCAGUGACUGGAUCCUCAACGGGAACAAGGUGUUCAUCUCCAACGGCUGGAUGGCGGACGUGGUGGUGGUCGUCACAGUGACCGACCGCGAGGCGAAAACGGCGGCCCAUGGCAUCAGUCUGUUCCUGGUGGAGAACGGUAUGAAGGGCUUCCAGAAGGGCCGGAAGCUGGAGAAGAUCGGCCUGAAGGCGCAGGACACAGCGGAGCUGUUCUUUGAGGACGUGCGUCUCCCAGCAAGCGCUCUGCUGGGAGAACUCAACAAGGGUUUCUACUACCUGAUGAAUGAGCUGCCAAAGGAGCGUCUGUUGAUUGCUGACAUGGGCAUAUCCAGCUGUGAGUUUAUGUUCGAGGAGACCAGGAACUACGUUCUGCAGAGGAAGGCCUUUGGGAAGACUGUCGCCCACCUCCAGACCGUGCAGCACAAGCUGGCGGAGCUGAAGACGGAGAUCUGCGUGGGUCGGAUUUUUGUAGAUAACUGCCUGCAGCUCCUCUCAGAGCGCCGCCUGGACCCCACCACCGCCUCCAUGGCCAAGUUCUGGGCGUCAGAGCUCCAGAACAAGGUGGCCACCGAGUGCCUGCAGCUCCACGGAGGCUGGGGCUACAUGUGGGAGUACCCCAUCGCUAAGGCGUUUGUGGACUCCAGGGUUCAGCCCAUCUACGGAGGAACCAAUGAGAUCAUGAAGGAGCUGAUCGCACGCGGCAUCAUGAGCCAGAAGUGAGACUGAAGGAACAUUUGAUGCUCCCUCAGCACCAAGAAAGUUAGGGAUAUAGUUGAAAGAAUAGUUGGACUAUUUCAUAUCUGGCUGACGUAAUUUAAAUAAUUUCUAAUAAAAGUCUGAUUAUUUUAGAUAAAUAAGCUAAAAGGCGAGACUUCUGUUAACUGAUCUGUUAUUUGCUUUGUGUCUCAGAUUUGUGCCAAUCUCAAAUAAAUAUAUGACGGUAUCUGCA